AAGAAUUCUAGAACUUGAAUCAGUGCCUACUAAGACUUCGCACGCGUAUAGUGAUUAAUUUAUUUACAGUACAAAUAAAUAAUGACACCUGAAUACAUUCGUGAACAAAACUUUCGUGUUUUCGCGUGGUGGUCAGUCGUUUUGGUGCUGAAAAUUUUCGGCAGCGUCGCGUUGGUUGGUUUUUGGCGACAUUAUAAAAAAAUUUUUUUGUCGCCAGAAGACGCAAAGUUUAUAAAAGACUCUAAAGUUGUGUACGACGAUCCGGAUGUCGAGAGAUGUCGUCGAGCGCAUUUAAAUGACUUGGAGAAUAUUCUACCUUGGGUAAUUUCCACGGCCUUUUGGCUCACUACGUCUCCAGAUCCUUCUACUGCGGCAUUUCUUAUUAAAAUGUUCGCUAUAAGCCGCUUUGUUCAUACGUUUGUUUACGCGGUUGUCGUUGUAAGACAACCUGCUAGAUUUUUAGCUUUUAUGGUUGGGCUUCUUAUUACUAUUUACCAAUGUUUAGCGACGGUGUACUAUUACUCCUAAUUUUAGAGCCUAAAAGUCAAAAAAUAUUCAGAAAUAUUAUUAAAUAAAAAAAUUUACUUGAAAUAAAUUUUUUACAGACGAGAA